CGUGCAUUUUAAACCAUAGUUAUACCGCCGUUAGAGCAUUUGUUUUACUUGAUUAUUGUUUAAUAAUAUUAAUAAACUGAAAUAAUGGUGAAAAAGAAAAUUGACAAUCGCAUACGCGUAAUGAUAGAAAAUGGCGUGAAAUUGGGUCACCGCACCAUGUUCAUCAUCAUUGGAGACAAAGCCCGCGAUCAAGUGCCGAUUCUGUAUGACAUACUGAUUAAAUCCACAGUAAAGGCUCGCCCCACUGUGCUGUGGUGCUACAAGAACAAGGACGAGGCCAUUUCCAACCACGGCAAGAAGCGAGCAAAGAAGAUUGCUGCCGGAAAGGUGGACGUCAAUGAGGCCGAUCUGUUUGAUUCAUUUCGUGUGGCAACCACCAUACAUGGUCGCUAUUAUUCCGAGACUCAUGCCAUUCUCGGACGUACUUAUGGAGUUUGCGUGCUCCAGGAUUUCGAGGCACUGACACCGAAUCUCUUGGCCCGCACAGUGGAAACAGUAGAGGGCGGCGGUCUAAUUAUCUUGCUGCUAAAGUCUUUGCAAUCCCUGAAACAGCUUUACACCAUGAGUAUGGAUGUGCACAAACGAUUUCGCACCGAGGCUCAUCAAACAGUGACCUGUCGAUUUAAUGAACGUUUAAUACUCUCCCUGGCCGAUUGCAAACGCUGCCUGGUGGUUAAUGAUGACCUAACGGUCCUACCAUUGAGUUCUAAAACUAUCAAUGUGGAGCCGGUUAAUCCAGGUGAAAUAGGUCAAGGAUCGAAGGCGAAUGCAAUCAGUCUUAAAGAGCUCAAGGAGAGUCUUUUGAAUGUCCAACCAGCUGGUUCGUUAGUUAACCUCUGCAAGACCUAUGACCAGGCGAACGCUGUGGCCCAAUUUAUAGAGGCUCUGGUGGAUAAACAACUGAAACCGCCCAUGUCAUUGACAGCUGCACGUGGGCGUGGGAAAUCAGCUGCUUUAGGCUUAGCUAUAUCGGCUGCCAUAGCCUUUGGCUAUGUGAAUGUAUAUGUUACCUCACCACAUCCCGAGAAUUUGAUAACAUUAUUCGAAUUUGUGCUGAAGGGAUUCGAUGCUUUGGAAUAUCAGGAGCAUGCCGACUACACGAUUAUCAGAUCGACUAAUGCUGACUACAAAAAGGCCAUCAUAAGGAUUAAUAUUACGAGAAACUCUCGCCAGACUAUACAGUAUAUAGCGCCCAGUGAUACACAUCUCUUAAAUGCCGCUGAUUUGCUGCUAAUCGAUGAGGCAGCUGCCAUCCCGCUGCCCCUGGUAAAAAAGAUGUUGGGUCCGUAUCUGAUCUUUAUGGCCAGCACGAUCAAUGGCUACGAAGGUACUGGACGAUCUUUGAGUCUGAAACUGAUCUCGCAACUCCAGAAGGAGAAUAAUGCUCGGCCACCCUUGAAAUUGGAGGAAUCGAUUCGAUACCAGGAAAACGAUGAUAUCGAAAGGUGGCUAAUAAACUUGCUCUGCCUGGAUGCUGGCGGCGUAACUGCAAUUAGUUCUGGUUGUCCGACACCCGAUGCCUGUGAGCUCUACUAUAUUGACAGAGAUGCUCUCUUCUCCUAUCACAAAGCAGCCGAGGGUUUCCUCCAUCGCAUGGUAUCCAUUUAUGUGUCUUCGCACUAUAAGAACACGCCUAAUGACUUGCAAAUGAUGAGCGAUGCUCCGGCCCAUCAUCUGUUCUGCCUUCUUGGCCCCAUUCAGCGUAUGGAUCAAUUGCCCGAAAUUCUAGUUGUCAUCCAGGUCGCUCUGGAGGGCCAAAUUUCUACGCAGAGUGUCAGUGAAUCCCUGGGACGCGGCAAGAAAGCGGCCGGAGACUUGAUACCCUGGAAUAUAGCCGAACAGUACGGUGAUCGGGAUUUCCCAAAGCUCGCUGGCGUCCGAAUUGUCCGCGUGGCAACACACCCCAACUAUCAGCGAAUGGGCUAUGGAAAGAGGGCCAUACAAUUGCUGAAAGACUACUAUGCCGGAAAGCAUACAAAUCUGGAGGAUAAGCCAUCGUCCGAAAUUCAUGCAAAGGGCAUAGAGGAGGUUGAGGAAGAGGAUCUAUCGCUUCUAAAGGAGCAAAUACGCCCACGCAGUCGAAUUCCCACACUCCUGCAGCGUCUGCACGAACGCACACCUGAGCCAGUUGACUAUAUCGGCACCUCGUAUGGACUGACCUCCGAACUAUUGAAAUUCUGGAAGAAUGCUGGCUUUGUGCCCGUCUAUUUAAGUCAGAAAUCGAAUGAACUUACGGCUGAACAUAGUUGCAUCAUGCUGCAUACAUUUAGCUCCACCCCAUGGUUGGUUCUUUAUUAUCAGGACUUUAAGCGGCGUGCCCUUAAGCUGAUGGGCAAAACAUUCCGCGAGUUCGAGACGAAACUCUGCCUGGCUCUGCUUAAAAAUAAAAUUGUGGAUAGCGGCAAAGGUGACGGCACCACAUCUAGGCCACUGGACAAAUCCACUUUGGAUGUAUACUUUCUGCCACACGAUCUGCAACGCCUCGAAAGCUAUGCCCGCCAGCAAUCCGAGUUCCGCUUGAUACUGGAUCUACUCACCGACAUUGCACAAUUGUAUUUCCAGGGCAAGAUUGAAUCGCUGCAGCUGGAUCUAGUGCAGCAGGGCGUAUUGCUUGCUCUGGGUAUUCAAGGCAAGACUGUGGAUCAGUUGGGUGGGGAGCUCAAUAUGCCCGGCAAUCAAUUGCUGGCCAAAUUUUUUGAUGCCAUGAAAAAGUGCAAUCAAUGUUUCCGAUCCGUAGUCGAGGAGCACAUCGAGGAUGGCAUGCUUCAGGAUGCGGAUUUGUCACGUGGUGACAAUCUGCAGCCGUUAACUGUUACCCUCGAGGAAGAGCUCGAUAAACAGGCCCAAAAAUUGAGCAAGCAACAGCGGAAGGAACUGAAACGUCUGAAGGCCGAGCAGUUGGAUGAUUAUCAAAUCAAGGGCAGUGAGGAGGACUGGUCCAAGGCUUUGAAUACAAAUGGUAAAGCCAGCAGCGGCAGUGGCAGUGGCCUGCUUUCCGUCAAGAGUGGAACAAAACGUUUGGAUGCUCCGAUUGCGUCCACCCUCGAGGAUAACAGCGAACCAGUAAAGAAGAAAAAGAAAAACAAUCCAAAACUGAAACACAAAUUGGGUAAAUCCUUGAUUUAAGUUUUAUAUAUGUAUAUUAUAUAUAACCAAUUGUU